AUGUCUAUCUCCACUAUAAGGCGGCAAGUAAAAAAUGUCGCCUAUAACUUUUCCGAUGCACAAGUAAAAGUUAGAGAAGCUACUUGCAAUGAUCCUUGGGGUCCGUCCACGGCACUAAUGUCUGAAAUUUCCGAUCUUACUAAUAAUCCAAUGGCUUUUACUGAAGUUAUGUCUAUUAUUUGGAAGAGGCUGAACGAUUCAGGGAAAAACUGGCGACAUGUGUAUAAAAGCCUAGUGUUGCUUGACUUCUUAAUCAAGUGUGGCAAUGAUAAGGUCUCGCAGCAAUGUCGCGAAAAUAUAUUCACUAUCGAGACUUUGAAGGAUUUUCAGCAUAUAGAGGAUAACCGAGACCAGGGUUUGAAUAUUCGGGAGAAAGCCAAACAAAUAACCGCAUUGUUGACUGACGAAGAGCGCCUCAAGAACGAAAGGACGCGUUUCAUGCUGACGAGGACAAAGUCAGUUUUCCUACUUUAUUUGACCUCUACAAAUAAGGCUCAUAUUUUUAUGCUCAUGCAAACAUCCAAUUAUCUUCAUAGUGUUCAUACGUUUUUCUGCGUAUUUGCAAUUAUUGGUGGUAGCUAA